AUGUCCGAGAAUAAUAAUUAUAUUAAUUUCAUCGUGGUUUGCUUUAUGGUCUGCACAAUUAUUGUACGAGCGGAGCGUAUCAGCAGUGUCAUUAGGGGAACCGAGUACGAAGAAAAACUACGGGUAGUCCAAAGAAUACUCGAUUCGCGAUAUUGGAUUGCCAAAAAUAACAUCGGCGCAAACAUCAUAGCUCAGCAGGAGAUAUAUAACGGUAAACGAAUAACAAAGUUUACGGACUUCACGAAUGAUGGCACGCUAGAAGUGACAGACGCCAUUAAUACCCGUAAGGGUUGGUACAAAUUAUCAGGUGUGAUGUACACUGCAAUCGGGUGCAAAUGCGGUGAUACACUCAAACGUUUAUUCGGCAAGGUAAUAAAAGUACCUAUAGGCAAUGCCCCAAUUGAUGAAAUUAACUAUACCGUAUUGAAAAUUAUAUCAGUACUACUCGAAAUGACAUCUAUAGUACCGAACUUGGUUUAUCAAGAGCCAGGGGGUUUUCUGACAGUAGCGUUAUCGUUAAAUAUACACCUGAAUAGAUUAAUCCGUAUCAGACAUGAAGCAAUUAACCUGAAAAUGCUCAAUGAGUACCAUGCGGAUCAUGUAUAUAAACGAAUUAUUGCAGCACAGUUGAAUACAAUUGAACGUUUCGCUAUUUUCAAUUGCUCCUUAGACGACUACAAUAAUGGUGGCAAUGAAGACGAAGAGAAUAUAUCGAACAAAAACACGAGGAAUGAAAUUAUAAAUAUAUUAGAAGAUAUAGACAAUAUACUUUACUGGACUGGUUGUCCGACACACGGGAUUUCGGAUAUACUGUAUUCAACUCACAGUCCGUAUGCACAUUUUCACGUCAUAAUUCUUCAAAUAAUCGAAAAAUUACGACCCAUAAUAAAAAUCGAUGAGUCGUUAGAGGACAAAAUCGUAAAAGAGUCGAACGAAAUCAGUGAUAUACUGUUGUAUAUGGAUUUUAUACUUGAUUCGAUAAUGAGAAUCGUUUACCAAUCUACUUUGAACAUUUUAAAAAUAGUUGAAGAUUACCAAAACAUCGGGACUGAAAUGCACAAAAAAAAUUUAGAGUCUACGAUCAACAUCUGGACUAACAUAAAUGUAACAAUGAUUUACGAUGAGUUGUCAUUACUUAUAACGUCCCUGAAUUUUUCAAUGUCUGUUGUUUAUCAUAUCGAUUUACUAUCGCGAAUAGUGAGAAACAUUAUUGAUUUAAAGGACAUUUAUGAUUUGAUGUUAUUAAAAAAGAAAAUUGAAGAAGUCUUAAACGCCAUUUAUGUUAAAAAAUAUCCCGCCGGACUGAUGUUGAUGUCUAGCAUAAAUCAGUACGAAAACAAUUUGCAUGAGUUUUUAAUUAAAAUAUUGUCUAUAGACGAAUUUCUUUAUUUCAAUCGUCUUUUGAAACUAUUGCAACCAUACCACAAUGUAAAAUACAAUGAUAUGUUCGAAACGAAAUUAAACGAAAUGAAGUAUUCCGUCGUAUAUAGUACGAGCAGUAAGGUUAAGGAUUUUUGUGUAUCGAUCUCAGUGAUGUCCUUAGAUUUUUAUACUAUUCAUACCAAAAUAAUAGAAUGCAAUAAGAAUACAAUUUGCCUACAACAAUUUAUUGGGAUAUUCUCUGGCAUUUUGGAUACAUUUAACGAUAUGUGGCGAGAAAUUACAAAUUCUGAGGAUUAUGAAAACGAUAAUCACAAAGUAAUUAUUUCUCACGCAAUUCAGUAUUUACGAAAUAACUUAUCGAAUUAUGUCGCCGAAGAUGGAGGGGAAAAGCUUCAAAGAAUAGAGUAUUUCAUCACAAAUCUUUUUGAUAAAUAUCAAAUUUAUAACUGCAUAAACCCUUUAAUGCGAAAUAAUAUAUAUCAGUCGUACAAAAAGUCUGAAACCUAUACUACUGAUCAAGCAAUAUUAGAUAUCAAAUCGGAAAAAUAUUUUAAUAUUCCAGUACUAUCUGAUACCAAUAUGGAUUUUACCGAAAAAAUCAAUUUGCGUAGUCUGUCGCAGACACGUAACCGCAAUGAUGAAAAAUCCAAUGAAGAUGUAAGACCUGUAGUUGCAAGCCCUGAAAAACUCAUAAUUAUGUCGAUUGAUGGGUAUGUAAAAGAAAUGG